CUCCGGCUGUCUGACGGGGGGGUUGUGGGUUAGUGGAAUUUCAGAGGAGUGCACACACACACACACACACACACACACACACACACACACACACGCGCCAAAUAGUAAACAUGUAGCCGUCUCGACAGGUACGAUCGAUGGAAAAGCACAGAUGCUGCGUGGCAGGGAUCGACUGAAAUAAAAAGGGAAAGUUAGGUGCUUAUGUAGGUGAACCUCAGCCGAGCUCACAUCUGGCUCCAGGGAACCAGGACCGGGACCAGAACCGGAACCGGGACGCCGCAUCCUCUGCAGAGGGAUAACGUGGUUAAGCCGCCCUUCUGGUUCCACGUCACACGCACGCGGAUCUGAGAUGUAGCCGCUGUGCUGCAGGGAGCCGCGGUGGAGGUUAGCUAACGUCACAGAUCCACGCACGCGCGUGCACGGGGUUAUGGAUCCGAACCUUCCUUAUUUGACCCUCCUCAUCCUGAUUGGCUGCCCCGAGUGCUUUCCCGAUGGCCUCCAGCAGAACGGCACCCGCCGCCAUGACUACUGCGUGCUCGGUGCCGGGCCCUCGGGACUGCAGAUGGGAUAUUUCCUCUCCCGGGCAAAAAGAGACUACGUCAUCAUAGAGAGGAACUCUGGGCCGGGCAGCUUCUUCAACAAGUACCCCAGGCACAGGAAGCUCAUCAGUAUCAACAAGAUCUACACGGGGAGCCAGAACCGAGAGUUCAACAUGCGCCACGACUGGAACUCGCUGCUGAGCCACAGACCCGACCUCCUGUUGAAGAGGGUCAGCAGAGAUUUCUUCCCGCCGGCGGACGCCUUCCCGGUCUAUCUGUCCAUGUUCGAGAAGGAGCUGGGGCUGAGGGUCCGGUACGGUGUGGACAUCGGAAGGAUUGGGGCAGUGCGGUCCCCCGAGGGCAGAAGAUACAUCCUGACCGAUCAACACCAGCUGGACUACAAAUGCAGCGUCCUCCUGGUGGCCUCAGGUCUGUGGGUUCCUCAGAGGGCUGAGUUCGUGGGCUCCGACCUGGUCGAGGGCUACGAGUCCAUCUCCACUGAUCCCGAGGACUACAAGGACCAGGCCGUACUGAUUCUGGGCAAAGGGAACUCGGCUUUCGAAACAGCCCAGAGCAUCUCGGGAAGAGCCAAGUUGGUGCACAUGCUCAGUCCCAACCCUGUUCGACUGGCCUGGCAGACCCAUUACGUUGGAGAUCUCAGAGCUGUGAACAAUGAUCUUCUGGACACAUACCAGCUGAAGUCUUUAGAUGGGCUGGCGGAGAUCCCUCUGGAUAAAAUAGCCAUCACUCAGCUUAAGGAGCAAUGCAGGAGCAGAUCGGGCGCAAAGAAGAAAGUGAAGAAGCCAAAGUUCUAUGUGACUUUAAAAAAGUACCUACGACACCAGGAGGAGAAGAACGGCUCCGACGCGACCGGAGAGGAAACCCUCGAGUAUCACCUCGACAACUUCUCAAUGCGCAAGCCCUACGACCGGGUGAUAUCGUGCCUCGGAUUCCGAUUCAACUUCAGCAUAUUCCACAGCUCGGCCCGCCCGCUCAACAGCGACAACGCCAGAGGGCGCUUGCCGAGGCUGACGGCCUGGUACGAAGGGGAGGACACCCCCGGUUUGUUUGUGCUGGGAACCGCCGCUCACUCCAGAGACUACCGCUCAUCCGCCGGCGGCUUCGUCCACGGAUUCCGUUACACAGUGCGGUCUGUACAUCGCGUGCUUGAACAGCGUUACCAUGGCAACGCGUGGCAAUCAACAGAACUAUCGACAACGCAGCUGCAGUCGUGGAUUCUGAAGCGGAUCAACGAGGCCUCUGGGCCGUACCAAAUGUUUGAGGUUCUCGGCGAUGUCAUCCUUCUACGCGGCUCUCGCUGUGAAUACGUGGAGGAGUUUACACUGCAGGCCCUGCCUCGGUUCUCCUCUCUCUCGGGCCACGAGGUCUCUGACCACGGACUCAUCGUUUUGGUCAUGCAGUACGGGAAGAAGAAAGUUGACUACUUGGGGCGGGGCAGGGCUGACACCGAAUGGACCACAGCUUGGAAAUCAAACUUUCUGCAUCCAGUUUUAUACUACUAUGAUAAACUUCCCACUGAUGAGGAAAUGAAGCUCCGUCCCUCCGGCUGGACUUUACCGAGGCCAAAGGCCAUCCAUCACAUGGUCGAGGACUUUCUCACAGAAUGGGGAACUCCCAUAUCGCAUAUCCAGCCGCUGCGGCGCUUCCUCGAGCACUGUGUCCAGACUGACCUCAGGGCCUUCUAUGCAGAAUCAUGUUUCCGCUUGUCCCUCGCCCACCGCAGGCCGCCGCUGUUUUGUCAGCAGGGUUACUUGGAGCGGCAGGGAGUCGCUCGCGACAGCCGGCUGUGGCAGCACGGUCAGGACGGGGGGCCGAGGCCCACUGAGCGAGACGAGGGCACAUCGGGGGAGGAUCCCGCAUUUCCUACCUACCUGGCACAAGCUGGAGCCUCCUUUUCUGCAGGACUGAAACUUGACUUCUGAUUGUUUUGCCCAAGAGUGUUAAAGGGAGGGGUUUCCAUAUUGAGAAAGAAAAGUGGUCUCAAGCAAUGGAACCAAAAAGAGUCCCUCCCAAUGUUGCCAAUUCUUAAUGAAUGCAGAAAGUCGCCACGUUGGUUGACCACACUGACCUUUACCUUUUAGGCCUACCUCCCCCAAAAAUAUAGCAGAUCAUAAUGAAUGGAAAAAAAGAAUAUUGCCACUACAUGUUCUUCCAAAUGUUAAGUUAUCCGUUUGUGGGAGAGUCUUGUGAUGAGCACUGAGUGUGCAGAAUCUAAUCAAGCAGGUAAUCGUUACAUUUGGGCCGAAUGAAACGGUGGACCUGUUUACUACAGUCCUCUGACAGCAACAGAUUACCAAGCCUACCUUUUUAAACCAUGCCUCUCAAGCUGUUUAUGUCCAUCAGACUGACAGAAUGCCAUGAUGCUGAUCAGUGGUUUCCAAUGUUUUGGGUCUGUGACUUUAAAUGAUCUAUAAACCCUUGUCAUUUGUAAACCUGGCUUGACAAAUUCAACCAAAGAGUCAAUGUUUUUUUUGUUUACUUUGAUAAUGUUUACAUGUCUGAAGAAGUGCCAUUAUUAAGAAAUUCACUACAGUGUAACUGAAUUUUUCCUUAUUUUGUAACAAUCUCACAGCUCAUCAUCAUCACGGGGCCUAUUGGGGACCCAACCCUCAGUUUGGGAACUGCAUCACUGGAAAGGCACCUUUUCCCUUGAAUGUUCCUUUAUUUUUAGAAUCUCGGAAUCUCUAUAUAUUAUAGUAUGACAUUUUCAUAUCAUAUAAAUGUAUUUUACGAUAUAUAGGUGUAGGGUGAGGUUUUGUGUAUUAUUGAUUUUACAUGGUAUUACCCGAUGAAACAUAUUA